AGUGACCGAGAGCACAGCCACAGCCACAGAGAGACCGAGAGCAGAGCCACAGAGUGACCGAGAGCACAGCCACAGCCACAGAGUGACCGAGAGCAGAGCCACAGCCACAGAGUGACCGAGAGCAGAGCCACAGCCACAGAGUGACCGAGAGCACAGCCACAGAGAGACCGAGAGCACAGCCACAGCCACAGAGUGACCGAGAGCAGAGCCACAGCCACAGAGUGACCGAGAGCAGAGCCACAGCCACAGAGAGACCGAGAGCAGAGCCACAGCCACAGAGUGACCGAGAGCACAGCCACAGAGUGACCGAGAGCACAGCCACAGAGUGACCGAGAGCAGAGCCACAGCCACAGAGAGACCGAGAGAGACCGAGAGACUGAGAGAGAGACUGAGAGUGAGACAGAGAGAGAGAGAGGAGAGAGAACGAGAGAGAGAGAGAGACAGAGAGAAAGAAGACACAGAGAGAAAAAUUUCUUCGCAGUGACUCCACCACAAGAUCCACUGCCAUUGGGACAGCGAUUCAGAGUCCGAGUCACUGACUGCAGGACAAUGGCCACAGCGAUUGGCAUCGACCUGGGCACCACCUACUCCUGUGUGGGUGUGUUUCAGCACGGCAAGGUGGAGAUCAUCGCCAACGACCAGGGCAACCGCACCACGCCCAGCUACGUGGCCUUCAACGACACCGAGAGGCUGAUCGGGGAGGCGGCCAAGAACCAGGUGGCCCUCAACCCCCCCAACACCGUCUUUGAUGCCAAGAGGCUGAUAGGGAGGAAGUUCGAUGACCCUGUGGUGCAGGCGGACAUGAAGCACUGGCCUUUCCAGGUGUUGAGCCAGGGGGGAAAACCCAUGGUGCAGGUUGAGUACAAGGGAGAGCCCAAGACUUUCAACCCUGAGGAGAUCUCCUCUAUGGUUCUAACCAAGAUGAAGGAGAUCGCUGAGGCUUAUCUGGGCUCCAAGGUCACCAACGCUGUCAUCACGGUGCCCGCUUACUUCAACGACUCCCAGCGCCAGGCCACCAAAGAUGCCGGAGUGAUAGCAGGGCUCAAUGUCCUCCGAAUAAUCAACGAGCCCACGGCAGCUGCCAUCGCAUACGGCUUGGACAAGAAGGGCCACGGGGAGAGGAACAUCCUGAUCUUCGACCUGGGUGGGGGCACCUUCGACGUGUCCGUCCUCACCAUUGAUGGUGGGAUCUUUGAAGUCAAAUCCACGGCCGGUGAUACCCACCUGGGGGGCGAGGACUUUGACAGCCGCAUGGUUGACCACUUCAUCCAGGAGUUCAAGAGAAAACACAAGAGGGACAUCAGCCAGAACAAGAGGGCGGUCAGGAGGCUGAGGACAGCCUGUGAGAGGGCAAAGAGGACUUUGUCUUCAAGCACCCAAGCCGGCAUUGAGAUCGACUCCCUCUUUGAAGGCAUCGACUUCUACACCUCCAUCACCAGGGCACGGUUUGAGGAGCUCAAUGGGGACCUGUUCAGAGGGACCCUGGAGCCAGUGGAGAAAGCAUUAACUGACGCGAAGCUGGACAAGUCUCAGAUCCAAGAUGUGGUCCUCGUCGGUGGCUCCACUCGCAUCCCGAAGAUCCAGAAGCUUCUGCAGGAUUUCUUCAACGGCCGAGAGCUGAACAAGGGCAUCAACCCAGAUGAGGCAGUGGCUUAUGGUGCGGCUGUGCAAGCCGCCAUCCUGAUGGGCGACAAGUCUCAGAACGUGCAGGACCUUCUCCUGCUGGACGUGACUCCUCUGUCCCUGGGGCUGGAGACGGCGGGAGGCGUGAUGACCGCCCUCAUCAAGAGGAACUCAACCAUCCCCACCAAACAGACCCAGUUCUUCACCACCUACUCCGACAACCAGCCCGGCGUCUUGGUGCAAGUGUAUGAGGGUGAGAGAGCCAUGACCAAGGACAACAACCUCCUGGGCAAGUUCGAGCUGAGUGGCAUCCCCCCGGCCCCCCGUGGGGUUCCGCAGAUCCAGGUCACCUUCGACAUCGAUGCCAAUGGUAUCCUGAAUGUCUCGGCUGCUGACAAGAGCACAGGCAAGGAGAACAAGAUCACCAUCACCAACGAGAAGGGUCGGCUGAGCAAGGAGGAGAUCGAGAGGAUGGUGCAAGAGGCCGAGAACUACAAGGUGGAUGACGAGUUGCAGCGGGAGAGGGUGGCGGCCAAGAACGGGCUGGAGUCGUUCGUCUACGCAGCCAAAAGUGCAAUGGAGGACAAGAGCACAGAGGGCAAGGUGGGCGAGGAGGAAAGGAGGCAGGCGCUGGACAAGUGCAGACAGGUCAUUGCCUGGCUGGAUGGAAACCAGACGGCGGAGAAGGAAGAGUUUGAGCACCAGCUGAAGGAGCUGGAGAGGGUGUGCAGUCCUGUCAUGGCCAGGCUGAGGCAGGGAGGGGCAGCGGGGAGCGAGCAAUCGGGCAAGAGCUGUCCAUCUACGGGCCCAACCGUGGAGGAAGUGCAUUGAACGUCGCCGAUGAACUUCCUGCCACUUUGGCACAUGCUCAGAUGAUAAUCUUUCCCACCUUCGGACACUUGGUUAUAUCUAUGUAUGUAUAUAUAUAUGUGUUUAAAUGAUAAGUUUGUAGACAGCCACACAUAUCUAUAUACAGCUUCAUGCCAGAUAUCUGUACACACUGCAGCAGGGCAGGUUUCUGUAAAUAUGGGAGGACUUUACUUGACGUUUUCGUGGAAUAUAAUAUUCCUUGCAUUUGAUACUCAAUCCAGCACUGUUUGUGGGAUGUUGCUGUGUAUAAUUGAUGCUGCAUUUCACCCAGAAAAUACAGUCACAGCCCUUUACAGUAUAUUCUGUGAAGCACUUUGACAUGACUCAACCAUGUGAUAAGGAGCUAUAUCAAAUGGAAGGAUUAUUAUUGCCACAAUUGGAGGCUUUGACGUCUCGAGGACAUUGCAAUUCACUUUACAGUGUGUUCUGUGAAGCGCUUUGGGACGUCCUCCCGACGUGAAAAGCGCUAUAUCAAAUGCAAGGAUUAUUAUUAUUAUUGCAAGGCGCUACACGGGAUUUCACUGUGAAGUUUAGUGACUGCUGUAAAAACUGUAUUACUUGGGCUUUCUCUAUCUACAUCACAUUUCAGAGCGUUACGGAAUUUGGCUAAUUCUUAAAAACACCUAAAACCUUAAUUUUGCAGCUGUACUUUCUGUGAAUUCUCGUUCCAGAAAACCCGUUGUCAAAUUGAGAUUGUUGUCAAGUUUGUCAAAGUCUGGAUAUUCUAUAAUGUUGUAAGAAGUCAAUUUAGAACUGAUUUGGGUUUUUAUUCUAUGUACUUAAAAAGCAAAAAAUUGCCGGUGUAAGGAAAGGAGAGAGGGACUACUUGGUAAUUCAUUCAAAGAGUUGGCAUAGGCUCGAUGGGCCGAAUCGACUCCUUCUGUGCUGUAAGAUUGUUUAAUUCUAUGUAUGUUUUGCUCCAAUGAUCUGUUGUGAAUGUAUGUCAAUGUGUCAGCAGCGGGAUUGUGAAUAUUAUUUUAUUAAACAGUUUAUACCAGA